UUUGUGGCCAUCGGUGUUUCUGCAGUCGGCACGUCGUAUGGGCUUGAUUAAGAGCCGGUAUUGUUUGUUGUAGCUAACGCUGGGGUGGUGGGCAUGGAAAACAAGAAAUUUAAAAUUAACCUGGACGAUUCUACAUUCAACAGAGAAAGAAGUCCGGUCGCGUCUCUUUUUAAGCCCUCUUCCAAAAGAGGCAAUGAUGAGACAUCGACUACCCACAGUGCACCUCAAAAUGGCGGCCAGCCGUUAUCUUAUGCCGAAUUUGUCGUUCAGAGCAAAAACAGAGCUAAAGAGAAGUCUGGUCCUGAAUCAGAAAAAGGAGAGGCCAUUCCUCAGGAUGUGCUUAAAGCUGCAGGACAGAGAUCUGGCAGAGAUCUUGAAUGUGGUUCAAUCACAAAACUUUCCACAGAUGCUCAGACUAGCACAAAAGGGAGCAGGAGUCCAGUGCCAAAUGUAGCAGGAUCAGAGAACUCUCUACCUCCAGGUAGGCUGGAGGACGAUCUGGCACCAGGGCAAAAAAUGAAGGAAGGUCAAAGCGUGGAGGAUCACACUGUUGUUACACCAGCAAUAGGGUCAGGAAACAGCAUUAUCGUCAGCCCAAGACAGAGAGGAAACCCUAUUUUAAAGUUUGUCAGAAGUGUGCCGUGGGAGUUUGGAGAAGUGGCGCCUGACUAUGUCUUGGGGCGAACAACGUGUGCGCUCUUUCUCAGUGUGCGCUACCAUACACUCAACCCAAACUACAUCCAUGAGCGACUGAAGCAGCUGGGCCAAGCGUUUACACUCCGAGUACUGCUUGUGCUAGUUGAUGUGAAAGAUCCUCAUCAUGCACUCAAGGAGCUUGCUCGGAUCUGCAUCAUGGCUGACUGCACACUUAUCCUGGCUUGGAGCCCUGAGGAAGCUGGCCGUUACUUGGAGACGUAUAAAUCUUAUGAGAAAAAGCCUGCCGAUCUGCUGAAAGAGCAAGUAGAGAAAGAUUACCUGUCUAAGGUUACUGAUUGUCUGACCACUGUGAAGUCCAUCAAUAAAACCAACGCUAUCACGCUGCUGUCCACAUUCUCUUCUUUAGGGGGCAUCAUUAAUGCAUCAAAGGAGGAACUGGUGCUGUGCCCAGGACUCGGACCACAAAAGGCAAAAAGGCUGUAUGAUGUGCUUCACCAGCCCUUUCUGAAGCCUAAGAAGAAAGAAGGCGAGUGAGAUGCGGAGUUCAGUCAGAAAAGAGUCAACCAUGCUUUCAGCUGUGACUACCUGAUGGCAGAGAAUGGAGGGAUAUGAGAGACCUGCAGUGAGAUUUCAUAUCAGACCUUCUCUCAGAAUCUUAAAGACUUUAAGAAGAGUUUUGAGUGAUCUUAUGUAAUUAAUGAUCUAUUUUUUUAAUUUCAAAAGUUUAUCUUAAUUUUUUAUAUAUAAUUAUGUGCAUUGUUACAAUAAAAAGAUAUAUUUGUAAGCGUUUAGUGUUUUUAAAAAGCAUAAAACGUAAUAUGUAACAGUAUAAUACAUAAUACUUCUACAUAAACAUGCAUUUGAUAUACACUCCCUUGUUAAAAACACUUUUGUGAUGUAAAAUAAUGUAACCAAGUGAAAAGACAGACAGCAAGAGUGUGCAAAUCCCUAAUCCCAAAUAACUAAUAUUUUGCUAAAGCACUGUGAAGAAUGUACCAACUUUACCAAACACAUCUUAAAUUGACAAUUUUAUUCCACUUGUUCUUGCAAAAAUGCUGCACAUAAAACAGCAAGGGAAUCCUCUUAUGCACUGCCUUUUUUAAGUCAUUCCACAAGUAGGGUUAAGAUCUGAACUCUGACUGGGCCUUUACAACCACUGAUCUUUUUCUUCUGAAGCCAUUCCACUAUUUACUUGGAUUUGUGAUUUUGGGUUGUUGUGUAAAAUGGUUAGUACACUUUGUGUAAAGCGUUAGUUCACUUUCAGUGAGACCUGGUGAUGUCCGGCAGUGGCCAUUGGUAGCUAGAGAAAAGUUAGACUUUCUAUAAAAAUGACUGGUAUUUGGAGUUAUUGUGGACUUGAAGGGUUUUUUCCCCUGUUAUGAUGAAUGGAUUAGAACCACCCUGCCCCACAUCUGAGACAUGAACAACAAGGAAAGAUUGUUGUCACUUACAGUGAGGGACUUGUACUGUACAGAUAUUCUUGAAGCUGCUUUAAUGUUUAGUAGGUCUCAGCAGGAUCCAUGACAUAUUUUCCCCUUGUACUUUCAUCAGUUUUGGAGGGACAUCCUAUCUUUGGUAACGUUACUGGGGUGCCCAGGUUCCUCCAUUUAUCCAUACUCUAAACCAGGGGUCGGCAACCUUCAUCCCUCUGCUGCGGCUCCCUGUAGAUUUGGAAAAUAAAUAUUUAAUUUAAAUUUAUUUUAGUUAGUUAGUUUUUUUUUUUUUUUAAAAAAUUCUAAAUUCUAAGAUUAUGAUGCUCUUGUAACAUUAAAAUAAACCAUGUUUAAUUUAUUUGUCACUCAAAAUAUGCAUCAUAACUGCCGACUUCCGAAAUCCGACACAGAAGCAGACGGCAUUUUUGGUUCGCUGCAGCCGGCAAGUUAAAAUUUUGAUGUCACGAAUACGAAGAGGACUCAAUUAGACAUUGAACAUUUUAUUUGAAAGUAACCUUCAAUCCAGUAUCUUUUUUGUUAAGGUUAGUUCAAACUGUUCAAAAUAUUUUUGUUUGCCUGCAGAAAUAAAAUUUGGUUUACUCGG